AUGUGCCUUCAAGCAUUGGAAGACCUCCAUCGCAUCGGUUAUCUGCACCGGGAUAUUAAACCACAAAAUUAUGCGAUCGGUCGAGAUCCAGAUUUUAGAAAAGUGUACCUCCUUGAUUUUGGCAUGAGUCGACAAUUCCUCAGAAAAGACGGUUCUCAGAAACGUCCUCGAAGAGACGUCGGCUUCCGAGGUACUCUUUUCUACGCCAGCUACCACGCUUUGAAAGGUGAAGAGCAGUCGAGAAGGGACGAUGUUUGGUCUUGGUUUUUCACCAUCAUUCAAUUGGCCCUCGGCAAGUUGCCAUGGCGAGACAUUCGCAUAAAUCCGCAAUGGAGUUUCGAACAACGACGCGAUGUGUUUACUGAAAAAAAACAAAAGGCGUUGAGCAGCUCGAAGAAUGAACUGAUCGAAGGUUUGCCUUCAGAGUUCAAAAUAAUCUACGACAACCUGAAACUGUUGCAAUACUAUGAUACACCGAAUUACAUGUUGUACUACGGAGCAUUCCAAAGUAUAAUGAUGCGAAACGGUUACAACGAUAAGUCUCCUUUGGACUGGGAGCCGGAAGGCGAAUAUCACAAACAAACUAUGAUGGCACCGAUGCACACAAUGAUGUUCGGCGAGCGGCAUUCAAGCGAAGAUUAA